GUUUCUGUAUUAGUCCAGAUCUUAUGCCAAUAAUAUAAAGAUUUCCAAACUGUGUCGAGACAAUUAGAUCUUAGAUGGAAUUGGUACAAAAAUUUUUGCUUUUUAAAAUGUAUUUACACGUGCAUUUGAGAAAUAACUAGCACUAGUACUAAACCCACUAUUUCAGACACAAUGCUUAGGACAAUUAUUACAACCAUGGCGUAAAGAUGGUGGUAAGAUAUAUAAAAACUAUGACGACCAAUGAAGUUUCCCCUGUGAAUUUGGACCGUUUACUUAACCUACUUGAGCUCCAGUGUCCUCGUGAAUAUUACUUCACAAGUCUACCGUAAGAAAUAAACGUUUCUUUGAGGGCUUCAGAAACACAACACAUGGAUCUCAGAAGCAAUCUAUAAACAGGAGCCCCUGUGAUUAAUAACGGGAAAAACCCCUCAAAUGGGCAAGCUUUUCAAGCAGCGAUCUACAGCGACCCGGCAGCGAUCUACAACUCAGACUCCGCGAGAAGGCGGGAACACAGACCAGGCCACAAAACUCGCGCACGCGUAGAAGACAGGCGGCCUUCCUGCAUGCCUUUCUUUUCUCAACAGGCCCGCUUACCCUCUCUGGGGCUCGUACCUUUUCCGGCCCGUACAUGUCGUCGCCGUAUUCGUUGAGCAGACUGUAGGCCUCCUCCACGCACUUGCGCUCGUUCAUGUUGCAGAUGGAUUAGUUUCUGUGGAAACCCUGAGUGCUAACACAUCCAGCAAGACUGAUGCUACCUCUUGUCACUAUGAAGACAUUACUUCGUGCCAAGUGUUUUUGGCGCCUAGCAAUCCCUGGUUCUGUGAGAGAACUGCAUAAAGAUUAUAGAAUAGUGCCUCCUCAGAAUUUUUCCAACUAUGAAUCCAUGAAACAGGAAUUCAAACUGGAGACUCCAGAGUAUUUCAACUUUGCUAAAGAUAUCCUGGACCAAUGGACCAAUAUGGAAAAGGCUGGAAAGAGACCUUCCAAUCCAGCCUUCUGGUGGAUAAAUGGAAAUGGAGAAGAAGUGAGAUGGAGUUUUGAAGAACUGGGAUCUUUGUCUAGAAAAUUUGCCAAUAUACUUACAGAAGCCUGUGCCCUGAAAAGAGGAGAUCGAGUAAUUGUGAUUCUGCCCAGGAUCCCAGAAUGGUGGCUUGCAAAUGUAGCCUGUCUGCGAACAGGGACAGUUUUAAUUCCAGGAACCACCCAGCUGACCCAGAGAGACAUUCUCUACAGACUACAAUCUUCAAAAGCAAAGUGCAUUAUCACCGACGAAGUUUUAGCCCCCGCAGUAGAUGCUGUUGCAUCUAAAUGUGAAAAUCUGCACUCCAAGCUAAUUGUGUCUCAGAAACCCAAAGAUGGAUGGGGGAACCUCAAGGAAAUGAUGAAACAGGCCAGUGACAACCACACCUGUGUGAAAACAAAACACGAUGAGAUGAUGGCCAUUUACUUUACCAGUGGAACAAGUGGAACUCCGAAAAUGACCGGACACACCCAUAGCAGUUUUGGUUUAGGAUUAUCUGUAAAUGGAAGGUUCUGGCUGGAUUUGACACCUUCAGAUGUGAUAUGGAAUACCUCAGACACAGGCUGGGCAAAGUCUGCAUGGAGCAGUGUCUUUUCUCCAUGGAUCCAGGGAGCAUGUGUAUUUGCACAUUACUUGCCACGUUUUGAGCCAACUUCCAUCUUUCAGACACUUUCCGAGUUUCCCAUCACCGUCUUCUGUUCAGCACCGACUGCAUACCGAAUGCUUAUACAGAAUGAUAUGACCAGCUAUAAGUUCAAAAGCUUAAAGCACUGUGUGAGUGCUGGGGAACCAAUCAAUCCUGAAGUGACUGAACAAUGGAGAAACCGAACGGGUCUGGAUAUCUAUGAAGGAUAUGGACAGACAGAAACGGUGCUAAUCUGUGGAAAUUUUAAGGGAAUGAAAAUCAAGUCUGGCUCAAUGGGAAAGCCAUCUCCUGCUUUUGAUGUUAAGAUUUUAGACAUAAAUGGCAAUGUCCUACCUCCUGGAGAAGAAGGAGAUAUUGGCAUUCAAGUCCUACCUAAUCGACCACUUGGCCUUUUUGCUCAUUACAUAGAUAAUCCUACAAAAACAGCUUCAACCCUACGAGGCAAUUUCUAUAUCACUGGGGACCGGGGCUAUAUGGAUGAAGACGGGUAUUUCUGGUUUGUCGCAAGAUCAGAUGAUAUCAUAUUAUCCUCUGGUUACAGAAUUGGACCAUUUGAGGUAGAAAGUGCCCUGAUUGAGCAUCCUGCAGUUGCAGAGGCAGCUGUUGUCAGCAGCCCAGAUCCCAUCAGGGGAGAGGUAGUAAAGGCUUUUAUUGUUCUGAGCCAUGAUUACAAGUCACAUGAUCAAGAACAACUAAAAAAGGAGAUUCAGGAACAUGUAAAAAAAAUUACAGCACCUUAUAAAUAUCCCAGAAAGGUAGAAUUUAUUCAAGAGUUGCCAAAGACUAUCAGUGGGAAGAUAAAAAGAAAUGAACUAAGGAAGAAAGAAUGGGAAAUGAUUUAAAUCCAUUCCAUUCUAUUAUUUAUCAUAGUAUCUAUAAAACAAAGACUGUACAAAUACAAGAUUAUGGAGAGGUGAUUAAAAAUAUAAUAGUAUACUUGUAAAUUGUUGAUUUAAAAUGACUUAUGGUUGGGGUGUCUGGCUGGCUUAGUCAGUAGAGCAUGCAACUCUUGAUCUCAGGGUUGUACGUUCGAGCCCCACAUUGGAUGCAGGGAUUCCUUAAAAAAAAAAAAAUCUUUAAAUAAAUAUCUUGUGGUUAUAACAUCAGAGGCUGAAUUUUGAAAUAAAAUAUUCGGUGAAUUCCUCUGCA